AUGCAAGAGGGUUUCAAUUUCAACCAGGUACCAUCAAAAUCCAAAGUGAAAAGAGCAAAAGGAGAGAUUAUAGAAGUUCAUGGAGGCCGGAUUGUUCGAUCCAAUGGAGGAAAAGAUAGGCACAGCAAAGUGUGCACAGCAAGGGGACCGAGGGACCGCCGAGUUAGACUAUCACCAAACACUGCAAUUCAAUUCUACGAUGUGCAAGACAGGCUUCGCUAUGACCGUCCCAGUAAAGCCAUUGAUUGGCUCAUGAAGGAAGCUAAAGCCGCCAUUGAUGCACUUGAUGAACCGCCAUUGAUGAGAUCAACGGUCCAAGAAGAUCAGUCCCCAAAUCUGAAGAUCCAUCAAGAAAGUAGUUAUUUUAACAAAGAAGACGACUCCAUUUGUAGUUUGAGUUUCUUUUCAAUGGAAAAUAGUGCGACACCAUCACCUUCUACUGAGUUUCAGGCCUACCCUAAUGACGAGUUCAACUCAAUUCUUUACCCGAGUUAUCAAGAAGGACUCGUUCCUGCAAUAAAUCUUUCACGUUUGGAUACAAAUAUGGAAAUUUCUAGACCCCAAAGAAUUUUCACUUGGAAUCAUGCCAGUGCAAAUUCUAACAAUUUUAUAAACUCACUGCCAGAUUUAGGCCAAAAUCAGAUCUUUUCUCAAAGGGAACCCCUUCAGUCCAGUAUAAAUUAUCCUCCGGUUUACAGUCCAUGA